CUUGAAGGUGCAACUUUGAAAUGACUGUUCAAAAUGAAGCUAAAUAUUAGUGCGUGAUUUGCUGUACAAAGUAUGCUGUUUAUAGUUAUUAUGAGAAAAUUUUAUUGUAAGUUGCUUAAUUUUAAGUUAUUUAUUUAUGGUUGAAUAAAUUAUACUUGCACAUUUAAUAAUUAUCAAAGACUGAGGCUUAUCGAGAAAAUGACAGCGACGCCGAUAUGCUGCAGGUAUAUAUGCGACAGCGGCGGCGUUGCGGGGGUGCCCGGAAGACCGCAAUUUUAUUGCACCGCUGCUGCUGGUCGCGUCUUCAAGAGGCAUAUAAAAUCAUAAACCUGUUCAACGCGUUUGCCAUUUGCGGGAUUCCUUCUUUAUAACACUAAACCGUAAGCUAUAUAUAAAUAUCCACUUGUAAUUGCUUACUUUUAUUCAUAUAUAUUCAUGUGGGUAAAGUACUAACAAACAAAUAAAAUAAACAUAAAUUACAUUUAUGUUAAAAAAUACAUUUUUUCGUAUGAUCAGGUGCUGCCAAAGAAAAUAAGACUGUCUCGCUGGUUCUUUUAUUUUAAAAGGCCUUGAGAAAAUUGAGUAAAAGAUAAAAAGCAGAGGUUUAAUGGAAAGAAAUUAAAAUUCAUCGGCAGGUGAUGAAUUAAUAAAAGCACAAUUAUUUCUCUUUGAAAAACGAAUUUGAGCGAUAAGUACAUUUUCAAACGAUUUACAAAGUAAAUUUGCAUUUUUCUUUGUAACUGAGUAAACGUAUGUAAUAGGCAGAGAAUAUAGACUAUUCUAAUGUAUAAUUUUCCAAUUGAUUUAACAAACUCAUAUUUGUCAUAGUUGACGAACUUCUCAUAAUUUUUCUCCCUCCGACUCAUUGUCUGCAUAAUAGAACAGCUUGAAAAUUUUUUUUGGUGCAUACGUCAACCCCUUGAUACACUAUGGUAAAGGUGCAUAAAAUGAUAACGGAAAAUAUGAAUAAUAUAAUAAUAGGUUAGAUUAUACCUAUGAAGUUUGCCUCUAACAUAAUAUCUAUUUGCUCUAUUUAAAAUCAGAUACUUUCUAACUCAAUGACCUCAAAAGAAUGUUGUGUAUACCAGUCAAGUUUUUCGUUGAUAUUAAUUUGAUGUAUUCUAAAAUUUUGAGAUAAGUGUGCAUAAUCAAGGUAUAUAAGAACUUUCAAUCCAGAUUUUGGAUUACUAAAGUUUUGACUGCCCAAUCUACUAGUUGCCGUACAGUAACUAUACAGUACAAUGUUGUACUUAAAAAACGCCUUGAUUUUUCUAGUUCUUUUUUCUUUGUGCGAUGUGAAGGCUGGCAAGUUGGUGCAGCAGAACAAUAUAGAUUCAACGAAAAGCAGUGCUGUUGAUCGUGAAUUCUCCGGGAACCAAAAUGUUCAAACAGAAGUUAAUGUUGUGCAAGCUUAUGUAAAAACCACUUCAGAGUUGCCUGCAGCUUCUAAUCUCGACUAUCUACAUUCUAAAGAAUAUCGCACUUGGAGAAGAAGCGGAUGCAAACUGCGCAAAGUUAUCGACGCUCCGAAACGUGUCAAGUGUCCAAAAGGUCAUAGAAAAGACCAAAAUGGAUUAUGUCGAAAAAUCUAUAUUCUGUGAUAAAUUUUAUUUUAGCUUUUUACAAUAGUGUUAUAAUGAACAACAAUCAAUAAACAUAAUAUUCUUUUCAAACUAUAGUCGACUUUAUUAAUCUCGACCUAAAUAAAUGUUGCGAGUGAAAACUCUACAUCA